AUGUUCCGCACACGGCUGAGGAUACCGCGCCAGGGCCUGUCCCUCGGCCUGCGGACGACGGUCAAUGCCCGGAGGAGCCUGCAUCAGGUCCCCUCGCUGCCGCACGACUACUCCCAAGGCAUCCCGAACCUCAUGAGCCCCGGCGGCUUUGCGGUCGCGUGGACGGAUUACAUGUCCUUGAUGGUGGAGAAGCUCAAUGCCUUGACGACAGGCACUGAGCUCGAGGACAAAGACACCAAGACGAUCGCGCUUCUCACCGCCCGCGAGCCGAACCAGGCGCCCAUCUUCAACUACGCCUCAAUGGCGCACAACAACCACUUCUUCUUCCAGGGCAUCUCGCCGACAGGCACCCCGAUGCCCGACGUCCUGCGCCAGGAGCUCGAGGCCUCCUUCUCCUCCGUCGAGACGCUACGCCGCGAGUUCGUCCUCACCGCCUCCGCCAUGUUCGGCCCGGGCUUCCUGUGGCUCGUCAAGGCCGGCCCCGGCGACUACCGCCUCCUGCCCACCUACCUCGCGGGCUCGCCUUACCCCGGCGCGCACUGGCGCGCCCAGCCCACCGACAUGAACACGGUCGGCAACGACGGCACCGCCCGCGGCUACUUCAAGAACCAGGCCUUUGGCGCCCGGCGGCGGACCGGCGACCUGCCCCCCGGCGGCAUCGAGCUCGAGCCCCUCCUGUGCCUCAACACGUGGGAACACGCCUGGCUGCUCGACUGGGGUGUGGGCGCCGGCGGCAGCGGCGGCAAGAUGGCCUUUGCGGAGGCUUGGUGGGAGCUCAUCGACUGGGAGAAGGUGGCGCAGAAGUCGGGCGUCCUGAGGCCAGACUUCAAGUCCGCCUCAACGCAGUGA